AUGCCUUUUCAACCAUUCCUACCGAAUUAUCAAUCAACACCAACAUCUCAUCUACCUUCGGCAUCUUCGUCUCACCCGAGUGUUCAAUGUUGGGAAGACGGUGACAACAAUGACAAGGAGAACAAACCUAGAGUGAAGGUGAAAGGAGGAGAGACGGGGACUGAGGUGUGCAAGAAGAAGAAGACGAAGAAGACGUCAAGUAAGUUGUCGAGACGAAACGAACGUGAGAGGAAUAGGGUGCACCUCCUGAAUCAGGGAUUUGAUCGACUGAGAGCAGUGGUGCCCAAACGGGAAGGCGAGUAUCUGAGUAAGAUCUCAACUCUGAAGAAGGCGAUUUGGUAUAUUGAGCACUUGGACAGAGUUCUGAGGGAGGAAUACGUUGGAGUGGCAGGAGGAGAGGAGUCAGUAGCAGAGAGUGGGGUAGUGGGCACAGACUUGGACUCGGGUGGCACCGGGAUGGAGACGCAGUCAUUGGGAACGUUUAGACGUGAAGAGGGAGUUGGAGGGACAGGCGACGAAGAGGUGGGGAGACUGUCACCGAUAUUUCCACCAAGAAUGGUGGAGGACGAGGAGGAGGAGGAAGAGGUGGUGUAUCCAGCUAAGCCACUUCCAUUCUCGUCCUCGAAAACACAAUUUGACAGUGGUUAUCUAAGUGGAAGCUUCCAGACACCUGGUCGGAUUGAGGGAACUUACUUGGAUUAUUACAUUGUAAGCCCUAGUGCUGGAGAUGAUACAGAGAAUAAUUGUAAGCAUAUCUCCCAAUUCUCUGCAUGA